AUGAGUCAACGACCAAGACGUCGCCUUCCUGAAAACUACAUGGUUAUUUGGGUUGAUGGAAAUAUGAAUAUGACCAAUAAAGAUUGCCAAAAUACAAUGGAGCAAUUGCGUGGUGUCGUCAACCAAGUCAACCUAUGUACAACGGCUGAAGAAUGUAUUCAACAGCUGAAUGAAAAUCCUGAAGAGAUAUCAUUUGUUAUCUCCUCAGGUGCACUUGGACAACAUCUGGUCGAUCUUAAACUUACGUCGGACAAUGAUCCACAACUUCGAAAAUUAACUGACUAUGUUCGAGAAGAGGUUGACGAUGUCGGUUGGUAUCGAAUGGGUCAAUUGUUACUCAAAAUAGGUCAAUUCGACAAGGCCGAAGAACUGUAUAUGGCACUACUACAACAGAUAUCGGAUGAUAGUGAUAGAGCAUCCAUCUAUAACCAGCUCAGAUUGGUGAAAACUAACCAAGGAAAAUAUGAAGAAGCCGCUUCAUUUUACAAAAAAGCAGUCGAAAUCGCAGAACAAAAUCCAUUAAAAAGCGAUAUCUAUCUGAGCACUGGCUACAACAACAUCGGCAAAGUGUAUAAUAACAUGGGUGACUACUCGAAAGCACUUGAAUUUUACCAAAAAUCACUUAAAAUAAGAGAAAAAGCUCUGCCUUCGAAUCAUCCCUCAUUGGCUGCUUCGUACAACAACAUCGGUCAAGUGUACAGCGACAUGGGUGACUACUCGAAAGCACUUGAAUUUUACGAAAAAUCACUUGAAAUAAGAGAAAAAGCUCUGCCUUCGAAUCAUCCCUCUUUGGCUGGAAGUCAUUUGAGUUUUGCAGCAUGUUACGAAAAAAUGGGUGAUUACACAACAGCUCUUAAGGCCCUUAAAAAUGCUUAUCAAAUUCAGCAAAAAGCUUUUGAAGAAGAUAAUUCAGCUUUUGCUUUAACAUACUCCUUGUUUGGAAGAGUUUAUUGCCGUUUGAAAGAUUACCCAAAAGCACUUGAGAAUUUCGAAAAAUGUUUCUCAAUACGUCAAAAAGCUUUAUCUGAAAAUCAUCCGUAUCUAGCUAUGGCAUAUAGUAAUAUUGGUGAUGUUCAUCGAUUAAUGGAAAAUGUUCAAUGUAAUCCUUUGGAUUGUUCAUUAACAUAUAUAAAUUUAGGUGAAACAUAUCGAAAAAUGAAAGAUUAUACAACAGCAUUGAUAUAUUUUGAAAAAGGAUUAGAAAUACGUGAGAAGAAAUUAUCAAAAAAUCAUCCUGAUUUAGCUAUUGUAUAUCACAAUUUGUCAAAACUAUAUUUAUCUACUCAAGAAUAUAGUAUGGCAAUGAAAAAUAUUCAACAAGCGAUAGAAAUUGCUCAAGAAAAAUUACCUUCAACUCACCCACAUCUCGUCGAAUAUAAAGAAACAUUUGAAAAUAUUCGAAAGAAAAUGUAA